AUGGAUGCUUCAUCAAAAUGGUGUGUUAAGAAGAAAGAAGAUUCACCAACUUUGGCUAGUAUCCGCCAUCGAAUUCAAUCACUAGCUCAAUUAACAAAAAGACUAGGCGUUUACACUGUAGGCCAUAUGUCUGCCGCCGGAUUUGAAUAUACAGGUAAUGGAGAUACAGCUCGUUGUAAGGACUGUGGACUUGAGAUAUCUAACUGGACAUUAGAUAUGAAUCCAUUUACUAUUCAUUCAAAACAGAGACCUGAUUGUCCAUUCGUCUACAAUAUAAUACCAUCUUCGUUAUCAAAUGAACAAACGAAUCCUUCUGAACGCCAAAGUAUCGAAGCGAUGGAUUCAGAAUCUGUCUCAAACAGUUUACUUGAAACAAGUUUACUUCAACAAGUGCGGAGACGUACAUUUUCUCACUGGCCACAUCGUACUAUUCCAUCAAGUGCACAAAUGAUGGAAGCUGGAUUUUUUAAUUGCAAUGUUGGUGAUCGAGUGAUAUGCAUUUAUUGUAAUCUUAUUUGUCAACAAUGGACACCAAAUACAGAUGAUCCAUGUGAAGUGCAUAAAACACUUUCACCUAAUUGUAUAUAUGUCAAAGCCAAACUGAUAUGUCCUUCAGUUUCUUCUCUAAUAAUCGUCAAUGAAGGUGCAACAGAUGCAACUGGAGACAAUCGUUUAUCAACAUCUCAUAAUCUCGGUCCAUUGCGAUCUAAUGAUAUUAAGUUUACUGCUUCAUGUAAUCCAGCUUAUUCAGAAAUACCAAAACGUCAUGCAUCAUUUGCAACAUGGCCAACCGAAGAUUUACCAUCAGUAGAUGAUUUAGUUCGAGCAGGAUUUUUUUAUACAGGUACGAAAACUAUUGCUACUUGUUUUUAUUGUAAUGGAUCAUUACAAAAUUGGCGUCCAAAUGAUAAUCCAAUGAUUGAACAUGCACGUUGGUUUCCACAUUGUGCAUAUGCUCAACAAUUAUGUGGUGAUGAUUUAUAUCGAAAAAUUCAAGAAUCUAAACGAGCACAACAAGAACAUGCUCGUGGCAAUGAAUUAAAAGAAAGAACAGGUUCUGGUGAGGUGGUAACUACUAAUCCAACAUCCAAUAGUCGACUAUUAUUAAUACCCGAUGAACGUACUUUAUCGAGACUUGUUGCUGCUCGAUUAGAUUUACCAAUAUCACGACGUUUAUUAGGUCAAAAUUUUAAAUUACCAAUUAUUAAACGAUGUUGGGAAGAUCAAUUACGGAUAAAACACGAUGAUUUUGUAUCUGAAUGCGAUUUGUAUAUUGCUUGUUUAAUUCUUCAAAAACAAAUUGAACAUAUUGAUGGUAAAAAAGAGAACAUUGUUAUACCAAGUAUAAAAAUGAAACAAAUUCGAGAACAAAAUGCACGAAUACAUGAACAGUCAACAACAACAUCUAAUACAGCUCAAUCAGUAGCAAAUUCAACAGAUGUUGAAAUGACAACAUCAUCCAAUCCAUGUGUUCUUUGUUUGACAGAAGAGACGCAAUUAGUUUGUAUACCAUGCGGACUCAUGGCAACAUGUGUUGAAUGUGGUCAAUCACGAUCAUGUCCAAUAUGCAGAAGAGAAAUCGAAGCAUUCGUUAGAAUAUAUAUCUAA